CCAAAUGUCAAGAGAUUGUCAGCUGAUUCAGAUAGGAAGGAUUCAGAAUGAGAGGUUAGGAAUGUUUAUGACAAGAAAAAAUUAAAUGUAUCAGUACUGAUAAAAUUCACAUGCAUCUUCAUAAUUAAAUUUUCUAUUUUGCUAAUCAUAUUAUAAAUGUGACGUCGAUAUCUGAUUUAUUAGAAGAUUGUGUGAAAUGUCAAAGUUUGCUGUGACAUUUACUAGUUCUUGUACUGAAUUGGGUUUGUGGUAUCUUGUGGAAAGUUGCAAAUCUUUCAAAGAUAAAUUAGUAGAAUGGGAGCCAGAUUUUACUGUGUUUGGAAGUCGCUUGUGGAGGAGCUCUCCGGUUGUCAAAUAUCAAUGGCAAGAAUUAUGGUUGGAAAUGACAACUGUUGCCCAUGUAUAUCGCAUUUUGAAAACAAAGCCAGAGAAAAUAGCAGAUAUGAAUACUCAGAAACAAGUUGCAGAGUUCCAGUGGCUUCUUCAGUUUAUUUCAAAGAAACAUCCAGAUUUAGCAGAGGAAUUAUGGCAACUCUUUGUUUGGAGAGUUUGUGCUGGGCAGCAAACAAUCUGCCUUUUGACUGAAAAGUUAUUAGAAGUUCUUUCUGAUUUUUUGUGUCAUGAUGCAGUAUGUGCACAUUCUUUAAUUUCAUAUAUUAUUCCUAAAUCAUCUCAGCCAAAUGCAACCAGUGAUCAGUUAAUGGAUUUAUACAUUGGAGUUCUGAAAGAAUGCAGCUGUACAGCUGCAUUGUUUCACAGUAAAUCUACAGAAAUCGGCUCAAGGUACCAGCACAUGGAAUUAACACAUGCAAAGAACAUGUUUUUAAGCAUAUUGUCACUGAUGUGUUUAGAAAAUAAUGAAGAAAAGCUUGGAAAUUGGCUAUAUGAAUAUUUGCAAUCAGCAGAUAAUCUCAUUGUUUCACAGAAGUUGAUGUAUUUUAGUUUGAUAUCACAGACACAUUUAGGACUAUUACAAUAUAUAUUCAGAUUAAAAGAAAGAAAUCAGUUCAUAAAAUGGGGUGGUCAGUGUCUUGUUGUUCCUAAAGAUUGGCUAUCUGCAAAUAUUAAAGAAAAUAGUUUAUUUCAUUCAACUGUGAAGAAUCGGGUCCACUGUGCUGAAAUUCUUUUGGAAGUGGCUCUCAGUCUACUGGCUCAAGAGGAAGAUCAGGAGGUUCAAGUGUUAAGUGGGUGGCCUCAUGCUCUGAAAUUGCUAUUGCCCUUGCUAUUGCCUCAAUUGUGGACACGGGCCACUGCAGGUGUUCAGUUGACACAUUGGCUACAGCUGCUUGGAUGCAUUUGUAAGGGUAUAGACUGUGAUCCAGUAUUACGUCACUUGGGAAACAUUUUGGAGCAGCAAGUGCAAUUGCUAGAAUGGUGCUCAGCACACACUCACAACUGCUCAAUGAGUGGUGGAGAAAUUCUACACAUUUCUGCAAGCUCUAGUACCUUGAAAACAUUGUGGUUGGCAACAGAUUUGUCAGUGGCAAAUUGGUCGGAAAUUAAACAACUAUUACAUGGCCGUCAACAGCAAGUGUGCAAAUGGGGAGAACAGCAAUCUGACAUAUCAACACCAGGGUGCUCGUGGGAUGUAACCCUUUUUGAUGGUUUUUGUAUUCUAAUAAGUUGUUUUGAAGCUAUCCAUUUAGCAAUGAUUCUUGAAAAAAAUGGUUGUUUGGAAAAUCAAAUGUUUAAGUACAACUCUACUGAAACAAAUGAAAAAGACAUAAAGGAAACGGCAGAUACUAGUACUCAUAAUCCAUAUGCUGAAAUUCUUUCAAAGUUGCAGAAUGUGCAGGAUGCUGUAUGCUCCCUUUUUCCACUGGACUUUAGAAUUGAGGUCAUGGAAGAUCUAUUCUCUUUACUAUUUCUGAAACAAGACUGCAGAGAGGAGAACAGUGACUCGGAUACUAGCUUGGAAGAGGGUGCAGUAGAAGAAGGAUUACCGGAUAUUGAAACUGGAUUAGAGAGCUCCAUUGCCAGCUCUGUAACUAGUUUUAUUAAUGUGUCAGAACCAUCAGAUAGCAAAAUUAAAAAUACAAAAGCUUUUGAAACUUCUACAUUGGAUGAAUAUGAAUUGCUUUCAUCAGGAAAUAUGGAAGAUGAUCCAUCUGCAUUCUCUUCCACACAAGUAAAGUCUGAACAGUAUUCUCAAGAAGAUGUGGGUGAAACUAGCCAUGAAACAGCAUCAAAAGUAUUAUGUGAAAACGAAGAUGAUAUUAAAAAUGAUUCAUUUAUUGACAGUAGUGUGAAGAUUUCCCAGUGUAGUAGAAUGCAUUUGCCUCGAUUACAGAGAGAAGGCCAAAUUGAAGAUUUACACACAGCACUUUCUCCUCCAUCUGCCAAAGGAAGUGGUUCCCCUGACAAGUACUUGUUACAUACUGCAUUAGGAGCAGGAAUGUUCCGAGCUCGGGGGAAGCAGCUAUUUGUGUGCAGUCAAAAGCUUGUGAACACAUUGUUGAAUGUUCUGUCAGAGUGCUUGGUGAACACCAAGGCAGCUCUGUAUCAACAACAGAAGAACACAAGUAUUACUGUGCCAGAUUCAUUGAUGCAUCAAAUGAGUUCAACAACGGUAUCUGAUAUUGCAUUCACUGCUAGCUUAAUACGCAUGCGGGCUCGUCUUAGAAGUACUGUCCCAGAAGGCAGUAGAAGGGUUUGUGUGAAGCAGGUUGCUACAGAAGGGGCAUUCAUUGCUUGGGUCACGAAGGAAGUGGGCUUUUUCCUGUCCUCCACACCUUUGGCCAACCUGCCAGAAGCUCCGGAAGUUAUGGCAGAGUUCCCAGUGUGCGAGAACGUUCUUGGAGUGAGUCAGAGUAGCUCUACACUUGCACUUUGGGAUGUGUUGCUGACAGCGAGCUCUACUAAUGAGCACUCUGUAGCUCUGUUGGGAUUGUUGGAACAGUGCACGGAAAUUGCCGGACGAUUGGGAAAUCUUCCACCACCUUCGCUUUCCAAGGGCCAGACCCUGGGGACUGGACCAUACAUUCAGGCUCUAGUUGAGAGCUUCAGAUUGGUCAACAAAGAUACCACUGAUGGAGGCUUUUCGUCGCGUAUUUCUGUGUGCAAUCUUCUUCACUCUCAUCUCUAUCCAUUGCUGUGGAGGGGACUUAAAGACCAACUCCAGUUUUGGAGAGUUCUAGCUACAAAAGCAGAGAGUUGGCGUGAACUCGUGUGCGAAGAUUCUGAAUCAUCAUGGGACGUGUAUUGGUUUAAAUUACUGCAGAGUGACAUACUUCGUGAUUUUGUCAAGUUAUGUGCGUCAUUAAAUGUUUCAGCAGGUUUUAUAUCUCCUGCUGAAGAAAUAUGUGGUAAAGAAAAUUAUGUGGAUAAAUUACUCUUUUACAUAACGUUUUUGUCAGCAUGCCUGUCAGAAGAGCGUGCCCAAUGUGCAACGGAAUGCAUGUCUGAGCGUGUGCUGGGGAGCAGCUUGCGGGAACAUCUUGGUGGGUUGGCCUUGCAGCUGGACCUACAACCGGAGCGAGAGACUUCAGUGCUAGCCCAUGCUCGGUUGGAGGCCAUUGCACAUCUUGUGCACCACAAUCUUGUGCUCAGUAUGGCAAGUAUUGUGUGGCCAAAAACUCUACAAGCCACAGCUGGCGGUCCUGUGUCGGCAGUAUCUCCGAGGGAAUCGGCUUCUGGAAGUCGUAUCGUCCUCAACCAUCAGCUAGAGUCGUGGAUGGGACCGGUUGAGUUGCCCAAUCAGGCAGUGGCUGGACUCUUAGACCAUCUGUUAGCUGCUCUCGAGGCAUUGGCUGGAGGGGAAAAUUUUCUUGACAAAGCGAAGGCUUCUCAAGUGGUCUCGAAUCGCCUGGUGCAGUGGGUGUUGAAUCAAACUGCAUGUUUGUCUUUGGUCGACCUCUCACUCCUGCAGCCUGGGCCUGAAACAGUCGCCUUUUACGCCAAUUUGGCAAAUUUAGUCUGGUUGCAUAGCUUAUUGGUUUUGGAAACCGGCAAAGCAGGCUUUGGUCUGCUGUCGUCUUGUGACCUGCGACGCUCAAUCUCACAGUGCAGUGUGGGCUACAUAAUAGGCCAAAAAGAGCAAACUUUUAUAUCAUUAUAUAACUUACAAAAUACCUUAUGUAGAAUACCAUCAAAAUGGCCUUAUUUGUGGAACUCUCAGAAACGUCUUCCAUCUGUCAGCAAACAAGAUCCCCGGCUGGCAUUUGUUUUAGCCUGUGGUCAUCAGUAUACGCCUAGAAUUCAGGUACUCAACCAAGAUGAUUUGGAGAAUCAGUUGAAUACUGCAGCUGCAGAAUAUCUAAUGUCACAGGUAGAGAAUAGUAACGAACCAAUUCAGCUACCGCAGACCUUUGCUCCGUGGCGAGAAGUCACUGCGCCUAUAGUAUCAAGCGACUUUUUCCUUUUUUCCGGCAAGGAACAUGAGAUUUUUGAGAUCAUGAAGUUGAAAAGCCAUUGUUACGCUGCCAAUACCAAAGAUGGCAUGAGCUUACUACAUUUGAGCAAUGAGGAGGAAAAAGAAACAAUUACAAAGUUAAUUGAGACUGAUGAGUCUGAAAGUAUUGAGUUCAUCUCAAAAUUUCUACAAACACUAUGGGAUGGUGCUGAAUUUUCAAAUGUUAGUUACAAGUUCACUAUUAAACUGAAAGGUUGCCCUCAGAAAGUUCCUAAGUCAAAAGAAGAUGAUCUUUUAUCGAAAGAUGACAAUUGUAAUAUUACAGAGGGUGCUCUUCAUUUUGUAGAAUCCCAUUGUUGGUUGCUGGCAAUCAUUUUGUCCAGACUACUUCAGGAAAGUAAGAAAGAUAACCUAACAGACACCACAGAGCAAUUGCUGGCCAAGUGGGCUCAUGUGACCAAGCACCUGCGACGAUUACUUGUUUCGAGGCCUGUUGCUGCUCUGCGUGAGGCUUUUGAGGGAAGCCCUGUCAUGUGUGCAUUGCAGCUUCCGUUUGCUGUGGACAGAGUCACUCCUGAAGUAGCUCAUCUUCUCGAGUGUGGCAGAGAACAGGAAGCUGUAGAAGUUGUGUGGAUGCUUCCAGAGAGAGCUGUGUAUGAUCACCCAGGCAUGAGUGUCCUCCGAGACAUGCUUUUGUUUCCAACUGCAUCAUCGUCUGAAUGCAAAGGGAGUAUACAACCAUGGAAGCAAUGCCUCUUGCUGGAAAACAAGAACAUGGCCGUUAGCUGUGUGCUUGACCAUCUUGGUGAUUGGCCGCUUCCUGCAUGCCAACGUGUUCUGCAGGCACUUUUAGGUGAGUGGUCGCAACCUGUUCCAGCAGCACUCCGAGUCGUUCUUCAGCAGCGGCUUCUUCACAUCCAAGUACAAGGAAAGGUUAGUGUAUCUUGGGCUGAGCAGCAUCCACAUGUGACACCCCAAAACUUUCAAGUGAAUGUGGAAUUUAUCUUGCUUCUUUUGGAACUGGAGAAUUAUGAUUUUGCAGUUAUUGAGCAGCUCUUGUUGUCACUGCCUCCACGGAAGGCAUUCACCAUUUGUGAGGAGUUAUUAAGUCAGCUUGAGAGCAUCAACUGCAAGAAGUCUGUGGUAGCAUUUGUUGUGGAUGUUCUGCAUGAGACUUUGUCACAGGAAGAAAUGGCAAGAUUCACAGUAAUGGCAUUAGGAGUGCGAAUGCUAGACUUCUUAACACCAAACCUUCAUGAAGCAUUUUGGGAUCUCGUGUGUGAACCUCAGCUCAUUUUGGAACAACUGCUGAUGAACAGCCAAUUUCUGGUAUUGGAACAGAUAAUUAGUUCUCUCCGUCAUACCCUGUCUCAGUUGCCUCCUUCGUCUCCCCUUAAUCCCGAUAAAAUUGAUGCUCUGCUGCGUGAUUAUGCAGCCCAAGCACUGGAGUGCCGGGUCAGCAGACCAGACUUUUUGGGGGUUGAGCUUACUCCGCCUGGUUCAGGAAGGGAGUCUUCUUUGUCUCAGAGUGUGAUGAUAAGCAAAGAGGGAAAGGGCACUAGUGGAGAAUUGGAAGAUGGUCAGGUUUCAAUGGAGAGUGAUGCAGAAGAAUUUGUCAUGCCAAAGAAAGUACCUGCCAAGGGAGAUUGGAUGCCUGACAACAAGGCAUCAGAAUGCUUGUGUUGUAGAGCUGUUACCUUCUCUAUGUUUAAUCGUCGUCAUCAUUGUCGACGAUGUGGGCGCCUAGUAUGUGCAGGUUGUUCAGCAGGACGUAUGCAGGUGGAGGGCUACGGGCAGGUGGCGGUGCGCGUGUGCGACGCGUGCGUGCGCCAGACGGCGAAGGCGGGAGCGGGGCCGGGAGCGGGGUCUUCGCCGCCUGACGCCGCCGCGGAGGCCGCUGACGGCGACCACCCGGACGCGCAAGACGCCGCGGCGGAUGCGGCGGCCGCGGCGGCGGCGGCGACGCUGCAGUGGCGGCUGGCGUGCGACGCCGCCCACAACGCGACGGUGCGCGGCGAGUUCGCGUACGCGCGCGCGCCCAGCGUGGCGCUCUGCCUGGCGGCGCUGGCCGCGCACUCCGAGGGCGCCGCGUGCCCCAGGUUCCUGGUGGGCGCGAGCGCCACGUUGCUGCAGCUGCUGGCGCCCGUGGGCCCCGGCGCCGCCCCGAACCCCGAGGUGGACGCGGCGCUGGUGCUGCGCAUGGCGCGCUCGCUGCUCGUUGCUGCCAAGCUCAAGUACGCACGCCUGGGGCUGGCGACGGGCGAGGCGCACUGCGACGGGCUGCUGCAGCGCGCCGACUUGCUGGCGCUGCUGGCGUGUGCAGCGCUGGCCCCGUGCGCCAUGUUAUCAGCCCCGGCGUCGCCUUCGCCUCCGCCUCGCGCCCCGCCCGCCCCCGCCGCCCGGCCGCCCUGCGCUUGCGCCACCUGCGGCGCCCGCCUGCUAAACGCUGGAGCGCUGGCCGCUGCCGUGGAAGGGGUGCACCAAGGCCGGCUGGACGGCGGGCGGCGUUGGGCGGCGUGGGGCCGCGCGUGCGCUGCGCGCGACGCUGGCGCGCCGCCCGCGGACAAGUUCUGCGCGCUUGCCUGCCCCGCUCUGGUCGUCGCCCGUCCCCGCCCCGCACCCGGGCCGCGCCCGAAGCGCGCCCGCCUCCGGCCCCGCACAGGCCCCGCUGCUGCGGAUCUGGCACAUGCGCUGCUCCGCCGCCCCCCCGCCGCCGCGCCGCCCCCGUCGCCCGUGCCGGCGCAGCUCGCCGGCACCGCGAAGGCGGACCGCUGCUGCGCGCGCUUCGGCGCUGGUGAGGAGGUGGAGCGCGCGGGCGAGUGGCGACGCCAUCCCCCGCCGCCCCCGCCCCGCCGCUUCCCUGGCCCGCGAGCGCGCCCACCAGAGUGCCUGUCACUUGCGCGCCGUCGGCGCGCACUGGCUUCCUGGCCGGGCGCGGGGCGGCCGGCUGUGGCGGCUGCCGCCCUCGCCGCCGCCCGUGCCUACGUGCGCGACGCCCACGUCGACCCCGACACCUUCGUGGACGCGCUGUACCUGCGCUGCCUGCGCGAGGGCCGCACCGCCGCGUUGCACGCCGCGCUGCGCGACGCCGACCCCUCGCUCGCUUGCUGGCAGGCAUACCUGCAGCGCGCGUGCGCGGCGCUGGCGCGGCGCGGCCUGCUGCACGCGCUGUACCGCCUGCAGCUGUUCUGCGGGGACCUGGUGCGCGCCAGCAUGUCGUGCGUGCGCUUCUACGCGGCGGGCGGACGCAGCUUCGGGGACCUGGCGCGUGCCGCCCCGCACCUGGCUGCCGCCGAGCGCCACCUGCAGGCGCACUUGGAGGCGCAGCUGGCGCCGCAGCUAACGCUGCAGGCCUCCACCGUCCCUGCAGGUGCAGGUGCCGGUACUGCUGGCGGAGCUGCGGCGCCGGGCCCGGGCCCGCUGCAGCUGGAUGCGCGCCAAGUGGACGCGCAUAUCCGGACGGUGCGCCGUCAGGGGGAAGUGGCGCGUUUCCUGAACGCGUGCGAGGCGCGCGGGGCGCGGCCAAUGGCGCUGGUGCGCGAGCUCUGGCCCGCGGCCUCGGCCGCCGUCCAUACUCAAGCCCACGCCCACGCCGCCGCCCCGCCCACGCUGUUCGGCAGCGCCCGCGAGCGCGUGCAGCUGGCCGCCCUCGCCAUCCUCUGCGGCCGCGACGUCGAAGAGGGCUUCGGCAUCGCCUUC